AUGUCGAUGGACCCCAUGCCCAAGGCUAUUCUGACCGACGUCUUCGGUACCGUCGUUGACUGGCGCACCACCGUCACCGACCAUCUCUCUGCCUCUGCCUCUGAAGCCCUCAAUUCCUCCACUCGCUCCAUCCCCAGCACGGUCCGGACCGCAGCCUCGGACAUUUCCUGGCCGGCCGUGGCCCAGCUGUGGCGAGAAUCCUACCACCACUUCACACGCACAUACGAUCCUUCUACGACAAGCUCCAGCAACACCUUCAGGACGGUGGACCAACAUCAUGUCGAAGCACUACACAAGCUCAUCGUAGAUCAUGGGCUCGACGGACUAUGGACUGAUGAAGAGAUCCAAAAGAUAAGUAUGAUAUGGCAUUUUCUAGACCCUUGGCCCGACUCGUCUCCCGGUCUAGCGCUGUUGCAGAGGAAAUUCCAGACCGCCACUCUCAGCAACGGAAACAAGAGUCUGCUCUCGGACCUGGCAAAACAUGGCUCACUCUCGUACACACAUAUCUUUUCCGGCGAGGACUUUGGCGCCUACAAGCCUCAUCCGAGCGUCUAUCUGGGCGCCGCGAAGAAAUUGGGCCUGGAGCCCGCCGAAUGUGCUCUCGUAGCUGCGCACUUGGGGGACCUGAAGGCCGCCCGUGGCUGUGGCUAUCAAACAAUCUAUAUUGACAGGCCCAAGGAAGAGGCCUGGUCAGCGGAAGAAGUGGCCAAAGCCAGGACGGACGGCUGGGUUGACCUCUGGAUAGAGCUGGACGAAGGUGCCGGUGGCUUUCUCGAGGUCGCUAAGAGAUUCGGACUGCAGUGA